AAGGCGCUCGCCUAGGCGUAAAGGGAUCGCUUCAUCGGGUGACAUGUUUACGUUACAGUGCACCUUUUAAUAGGAUCGGCGCACCCGCUAUAAAAUUAGUCGCACAAAUACGAGUGCCCUAUAAAAUUGCUCUUUCGCCUAAAUCUUAGGUUCCCGCGUCUUAUAAUUUCUCUUCCUGUGUCUCUAUGAAAUAAUUCUUCUUAAAAGCUCCCAAGAUAGAUUCUCUCUUGCUCUGCUCUCAAAGAAAAUGAAUUUGGGUCAAAGAUUAUUACAUCUUUAUACAAGACCUAUCUCCAAUUCGUAUCUACUGCAUAUUCAUUAUGAAAUAUUUUUGAGAUAUUAUCAUGCGUCUGGAGGUAAUAAUAAUUAUGGAGUUACACAACUUGAACGAUUCGUCAGGGAGGAGUGUAACUCUGGUAAGAUUAAGAAUCUUGAUUCUGGAAAGGCCUUUGCCAUCUAAUGGUACAUUCUGUCAUGUAUUAAGUUCAUUGUCGAAGAGUAGAUGUUAUUCAGAUGUUAUUAUGUUGUAUAAGAAGAUGAAUUUGCUUGGAGUAAAACCCGAUAUUUAUACAUUCACCAUUUUGAUUAACUGUUUCUGUAAAUUAGGCCAAGUGAAUCAUGGGUUUUGUUUGCUUGGAGAGAUUAUCAAGAGAGGUCAUCAGCCUAGUGUUAUCACAUUCACUACAUUGAUCAACGGGUUAUGUUUUCAACAAAAUAUUGAUUUUGCCAUCAAGGUGUUUGAUAAAAUGACUGGCUCAGGUAUACAACCUAAUGCCUUUACAUCUAAUACACGGGCUUUGUAGAACUAAUAAAGUGGAUCUUGCUCUUCAUCUAAAAAAGAAGAUGGUGAAAUGGAACUGCAGACCUAAUGCUGUUUCAUAUUGUGUGAUUAUAGAUACUCUUUGAAAAGGAGGUUUAGUUGAUGAAGCUUUGGUUCUCUUCUCUGAAAUGCUUAAAGGUUUGAAUGUUGUAUCUGAUGUAGUUGUUUACAAUGCUUUGGUUAAUGGUCUUUGCAAUUCAGUCCGGUUGGGUGAGGCAAAGAGACUCCUUGAAGAGCUGGCCAAUAGAGGAAUCUCUGCAGAUGUGAAGACUUAUAAUUCUAUCAUUCAUGGUCACUGCUUACAUGGUCAAUGGAAAGAAGCAAGAAGAUAUUUUGAUGAAAUGAUGGAUCGAGGGAUUUUACCAAACACGGUAACCUUUGGUAUAUUAAUAGAUUUCCAUUGCAAAGAUGGGAUGUUGCGGGAUGCUUUGGGGUUAUUCAGACUGAUGGACAAAGUAAACAUUAAACCCGACCAGAUUACUUUUAAUUCAAUGAUUGACGGUUUGUGUUUGACAGGUCGGCUGCAAGAAGCGGUAAAACUGUUUGACUCUAUGGUGGAUAGGGGACUUGAGCCAAAUGAGUUUAACUACAAUGUGUUAAUCGAUGGGUAUUCCAAGAAUCGCAAAUUGGAUAAAGCUAUACAAUUAUUUAAGAAAAUGAAACGGAAUGGACUGAAACCUACAACAGUUACUUACAGUAUAUAUGCAAGCUUUUGGUCUAUCACAUACAGUACAAUAUUGAAUGGGUACUGCAAGAACGGAAAAAUGGAGGAGGCAAUAGAACUCUACGAAUCCAUGGAUGAUCCAGGUAUCUCAGAUAAUGUUUAUAUGUACAAUAUUCUUAUUCAUAGUUUGUUCCGUGCUGGCAAGUUGGAAGAUGCAAGAAAAUAUUUUAAUGAAAUCCCUAACAAAGAAAUAAUGCCUAAUGUAGUAAUAUAUAGCACAGUGAUCCAAGGCCUCUUUUGUAAUGGGAUGGUAUUGGACGCUGUGAAACUAAUCAUCGAAAUGGAAGUGAAGGGUUGUUUACCAAAUGCUAGAACAUAUGAUACCAUUGGUAAGGGUUUUCUUAUGACAAAGGAGGUCGACAAGGCAUUGCAAUAUUUUCGCAAGAUGCGUGAAAGAGAAUUUGUACCUAGUGAUUCUGUUGUUUCCUUGUUAACAAGUAUUCUCUCGGCAGACGAGCUGAAAAAUCUGUAAUCUUGUAAUUGCUGAGGUAGUAAGCAAUUUAAAUCUCUAUCAAGGGUGAAGGUAUCUGGUUUGUUUACUUGCA